CGUCAACCGUCCUACCAGAAAGGAACAGGUGCAGAAUGAUCAAUGAUGGAACCUGGAAUCAUUCUUCUCUCGGAUUCUGUUUCUGUGUCUCCGCCGCCGCUCGUUCGCUUUCCCCCCUACAAAAUCUCCGUUUUGGGAAUCGUCGCGCGACCGAGGAUCUGGGACAGCGUGCAUGGUUUCGACCAGUCAUCUAGGCGGAAAGCAUACGUUUUUGUCUGUUCGAAUCUGAAUUGGAACCCAUUUUAGGUGUGCAGGGUGCUAGCUAGGGUAGUGUUGAUCACGAUGACAGC